AUGGCCUUGAAUGCAUGGAAAGGGAAUCUCCUGCAGCGGCGCCAGCGCGAGCAGCUUUACGUCGCCAACAGCAUAUUGGCGGCUGCCUUGCUCACGCUGCUCCUUUUCAUCGCGGCAGCCGAAGCGGAAGCAGAAGCAUCGCCGUGCACCAUGACCAUCGUGGCACUGACGCUGUUUCUUGUGGCCUUCUGUUGCGCUUUGCCGUACUACCUGGUCCCCAACCUUUUUGCUUUUGACCUAAUGGGCUCAGAGUGCGCCACUCUGAUUGGUUUCUUCGAGUUGACGUCCUUCUGCAGCAUGAUGCCAGCGCACAUGGUGCUGCUGCAUAUAGCUGGGACGAUGGGGUGGACGUAUGCGCUCCUGCAGAUGGUGUUGACCAUGUGCUGCGCUGCGAUUUUCCUGGCCCUUCUAAUACCACAGUGGCGAGCACUUGUCAGCCGCUUACCAGAGUCGCGAGACUCGGCUGGAGCCGUCGAAGACGGUCAUAUUUCCAGCUACACCUCACUUAAGCAAGAGAAGCUCAGCUGA